AUGUCAAUCGAGGUGGUCUUGCAACAAUGUAUAGAUGACUGCUUGCGAAAUAAUAUGAUGACCAAUGCAAUGUUCUUGGCAGAGAGAUUGGUUGCAGCUAGUCCAACGGAUGCUAAUAACUUCAUGUUGGCAAACAUUUGUUAUAGACAGGGAAACAUUGCCCAGACACAUGCCAUUCUCAGACUGGUGCAGCAUCGUGCGCCAGACACUCUGUCAUUCAAGUCGAUGCAGUUGCUGGCCAUCUGUUGCUACGAGCUGGGCGAAUACAACGAGGCCGAACAACUGUUGUCGCAGUGUUUGGAGACGAUGGCCGACGCACCACUCCACCUCCAUCACCAUCACUCAACAACAGAGCGCAUUAGCAAGUGCAGUCGAGCAACCGUGCACUAUCUCGCCGGACUGGUGUCCCGCAAACUCAAUCAAAGAAUCAAGGCUAUCGAUCACUUCCAGCAGGCAUUGCUACUCUACCCUUAUAUGUGGGUAGCCUACGAGCAGCUCUGUAAUCUCGGCCAGCUCGACAUUGACCCGGCCGUGUUCUUUGGUUCGCUCGAGCACAACCAGUCGGUCGAGUUCGCCAUGCCCCUGCCGCCCCUCAGGGCCGGUGGUCCAGGCCAGGACAGCACCAUGAUGAGCAGCAUUGGAGUGGGAUCAUAUAACACACGAUCCAGCAGCACGACGGCUGGCAGCGACUUCCAAUCAAUCAGUACAAAGAGCAGCGAGUCGUCUGGGAUGAUGUUGGCCAGCAACAGCCACGCCACAGUACAUCAAGCGCCAAGGAAACAGCAACAUAAGUCACACUUUACAUCAGCCGCCCUGCACGGCAGCUCUUCGUCCAUGUCUAGCAGCAUGGGCGCGACGCGUACACCGGCAGGCAUGGGCAUGGGCGCUCUCAACUUUGACAUGACGCCACAGCCACAACUAUUCCCAGGCCAGACGCCAAUGAGCGGCGCACCUUCACACACGAUCCACAACAACUCACUCGUCACGCCCGUCGUUCCAGUCAAGCGCAAUCUAAAGGUCGUCAACUCGCCAAUACCCAUGCAGAUGUUCAAUACGCCCGGUCCACAACAUCAGUUUGAGCCACAGAACCUCCAGUUCACGCCACUGACAACACCAUCACCCCAAGUCGCGUCCAAAGCUGGUCGGCUGCCAGAGGUGAGAAAGAAGAUUGCGCCCAACCAGUUCCAGGACAAGAGGAAUGAUACUCAUGAUGGCAGUGUUCCAUUCAAUGAGCAGAUGCUCAUGUUUGAAUCAAAGCAGCAACAUACUGCUCAACAUCAACAACUACAACAACAAAAGACAAAUGAAGAUGUGGACAUGGAGAAGAAGAGGAGGAAUGAAGGAACGACAACAUCGACGGCAACAACAACAACAACAAAACAUGUUCAAAUAGGAGGCGUGGAGGAGAUAUGGAUCGAUACUAAUAUACAAGACAGCGACUCUGUUACCGAUCCACUGACACUCAGCGACAUCUCCGAUGUGCCAUCCACCACUGCCGGUCACACGGAGUUGCUCUCCCUAUUGCACACAAUAGCACAGGCAUAUCAACUGUUAUGCAAAUUCUCAUGCCGCGCUGCUAUCGAAUGCUUUGGUGCACUGCCUUAUGAACAGUAUAAUACAGGAUGGGUGAUGACAUUGAUUGGCAAGGCAUACUUUGAGAUGGUGGACUACAACGAAGCAAACAGAGUGUUUGAACAAGUGAGGGAGCUGGAACCAUAUCGACUGGAAGGCGUGGAGAUAUAUUCAACAGUGCUCUGGCAUCUGAAAAAGGAAGUGGAGAUGAGCUAUUUGGCCAAUCAAUUGACAAGCUUUGAUCGUCUAUCAGCGCAGGCUUGGUGCGUCGUUGGCAACUGCUUCAGUUUACAAAAGGAUCACGAGUCAGCCCUCAAGUCAUUCAGGAGAGCUGUCCAACUGGAUCCUAAAUUCACCUAUGCCUUCACGUUGUGUGGACAUGAAUACUUCUCGACGGACGACUUGGAGAAUGCACAGGACUGCUAUAGGUCAGCGAUAAGGAUCGAUCCAAGACACUACAAUGCCUGGUACGGACUGGGCCUGAUCCACUUCCGCCAGGAGAAGUACGACGCUGCCGAGUACCACUUUAGGAAGGCACUCUCAAUCAACCCAACCAGCUCAGUGCUCUACUGCUACGUGGGCAUGACACUACAGAGCAACAAGCGCUAUCCCGAGGCAUUGAUCGAGCUGCAGCAGGCGAUCGACAUAUCGCCACGCAACACAUUGGCCAAGUUCAAGAAGGCGACCAUAUUAUACGCGCUCGAGAUGUAUGGAGAGGCGUUGCAGGAGCUGGAGGAGUUCAAAGAGAUCGCGCCCAAAGAGAUCUCACUCUAUAUUCUCAUUGGCAAGGUGCACAAGAAGCUGGGCAACCUUGAUCAGGCCAUGGAGAGCUUGACGAUUGCAUUAGACAUGGGUCCCGAGAACUCGACCUAUGUGCGCUCAAUCAUUGACAAGCUAUAUGUAGAGGAUGACGUUGAAGAUGUAUCACUAAUAAUAUAA